GAUUCGGUCACUUGGAAGCUUCAACUGAGUUAGAAGGUUUCAUGAUAAAUUCAUUGGUGUUUUCAAUUGUUCUCAAUAUUUGUUACAUUAAAUUACUAAUUUAUUAUUGAUUUAUUCCUGUGAACAAGUUGAGAUAAUAAUUCUCUUUGUUUGUGUUGACCAUUAGAUUGAAGGAGAAGAUUAAAAAAGAAAACAGAUUGUCCAUUUUUCCAAUUUGUUUUUCUUUAAGUGGACCUUCAUCUUCAUCUUCAUCUUCAAAACCUUUGUUUCAUCUUCUCCUCAAUUUCUGUUUUCAUCUUUAUUCUCGCUAUUUCAUCGACAUCACAUCUACCCAAGCCCACCAUCAUCAAAAUGUAUUCAAUUAACUUGUUGAUAGUUACCUUGUGUUACCAAUUGUGGCUGAAGAAUGUUAAUUUGGCUGAUGCAGCCUCAUCUUCAUCUUCAUUAAAUCAACAGAAUUCAAUCAAUGGUGUUCCCGAGGUGGUUUUAAGCCAUUUCCAACCGAUGGUUGCUAUGCUUUGUGGUCGUGGUAAAUUUCACAAUCAAUAUUUGGAUGAAAACAAACGAUGGAUUUCUGACCCUGAUCCCAAAGCGGUUUGUACAAAAGACAAAUUGGAAAUUUUGGAAUAUUGUCGCAAGGUUUACCCCAAAAAGGAUAUUCGGAAUAUUGUUGAAUAUAGCAAAUACAUGGUUGUUGAGAAUUGGUGUAAAGUUGGACAAAAGUGGUGGUCGUCAUUUCAUCAAACCUUACUGAUGUUUAGAAGGCCCAUUUCAAAGUGAUGCUCUUCUUGUACCUGCUUAUUGUCUCUUUGAUCAUAUUCACAAUGGAUCGAUCUGUCAAAGCUCAGAAUAUUGGAAUCGUACAGCUGCUUCAAGUUGCGCUGAGAAACGUAACAUGAAACUCAAAUCAUUUGGAAUGUUACUCCCUUGUGGAGUUGGAAUAUUUGGUGGUGUCGAAUUUGUUUGCUGUCCAGCUUGGUCAACAACUACAUCUCCACCAGAACUUGUGACUCUUGGAACCGAAAAGAAACAAUUGGAAAAUCAAAUAACCUACAAAGACGCUGAAGAUAAUGGUAAGUACAUUGAUUCAAUCGAUAAUAACCUUGACAGAAAAUUGGAUAUUUCAGAUCGUCUCUCAAUUGUCGAAUCAAAAGUUCAUGAAUGAUGACCAAAUUACGAAGAAAAUGAACUGAAAAUAGAAAGAAAUUUCUAUUGCUGAACUUUUU